GCGGGCGGAGCGGCGGCGGUGCCCGAGCGCGGGCGGUGGGUGCGGGAGCGGGAGCGCGGCGGCCCCUCCGCCUCACGGGCGGCCGCGGGGACCGCGCUCCCUGGAGGGCGGCCGGGUGUCCUGGAUCCCACGAUGAGGAUGAUCGAGAGCGUGGACUCCGUGGUGACCAGGUCCAGCGAGGACCUCUGGGCCGAGAUCUGCUCCUGUCUGCCGCAUCCCGAGCACAAGGACGGCGGUGAUGCGUUCACAGACUCCUUCCUGGAUUCCUACGCCGAGGGCAGCGGAGCGGGGGGCUCUUCCCAGCCCGCCCCGAAGCCCUGGGCACCCCUGAACGACUCUGAGGUGUAUUUGGCAUCCCUGGAGAGAAGACUGAUGAGGAUCAAAGGGCUGUCCCAGGAGGUGACCUCCAAGGACAUGCUGCGCACGCUGUCCCAGGCCAAGAAGGAAUGCUGGGACAGGUUCCUGCAGGAGAAGUUUGAGGCAGAAUGUUACGUGGAGGGCCACGACGCUGACGAGAGCACGCUGGAGCACCUGAAGCGCUGGCUGCAGCCUGACAAGGUGGCCAUCAGCUCCGAGGAGGUGCAGUGCCUCAUCCCGCCGGAACCGCAGCCGGAGAAGCCGGAGGCCGAGGAGGAGCCUCCGGCUGCGGAGCAGUGAGAGCCCCCAGCCGUGCCCGGGGCUGCCUCUCGUCCCAGCCCCCAGGAAGAUGUACCCAGCCAUAGGAACAGCAGGAAGGGGGGCACAGAGCAAAUUAUCAGCAGUUGAAAAAGUCAUUUUUACAAGGAAGAACCCCCAAGACACCGAAUUCCAGCUCUGGAGCUCCGCAGGCAGCGGCUGGCACUGGUGGGGACGAGAGGGAACGCCUGUGACACGGCUCAACCAAAACCUCUCGUUGAUCUUCUCCAGCCUGCAGCCACUUCAUCAUUCCAGCCUGGAUGUGGAUUGUUUGGAAUCCAUCAGGAGACACAUUCAACAACAACAACAACAACAACAAAGCAGUUGUUGAGAAGCACCAGAAAACAUCACGAUCUAGAAUCGAGCAGAGAAACCACUGAAUCACUUUCAUUACUCUGUUGGGCAUUUUUUUUCCCUCUCCUGCCAAAUCCACUUCGGUGUUUUCUCCAGAUCUUCACUGUUUCAGUCUGACUCGGUCCCAGGCUGUGCCAGGAAGAAGACAGAUACUUCUCACCUCUGUGAAUUUGGGGCCCUGAAAGAAGCUCUCCUGCAGUCAAUAAGUUGAUGGUGUCAUUGAUGUUGUAGCUAUUUCCCAUUCCUCUCUGUAAUGUGCCCCCUAAUAUCCCACUUUAUUGCCCAAACUCUCUAUUAUAGACUGUAGGGGGUGUAUUUUUCCUCUUGUUGGUUGUUUUGUACCUGUUCUUUAUUCUUUCAGCCUCCCCAGGAAAAGAUCAGAUGAGAUUCUGUAUUGGGAAACCAAGAGGGGUAGCCAGGGAGGUUGAAAACAACUUGUUUUCAUCACAGAAUUGCUUAGAAUUCUCUGACUUGAAAUAUAUUUAGUAUUUAAUUGUUUUUUUCACCCCGCUUGGCUCUUCCAAGGGUUAUUCCCUUUCACUAAUCCAAGAACCUGAGAUUCUGUGCUUAUUUUUCGCUGAUCUGUGUGUUCUGCCUCGGCACCAACGCUGGAGGUCGGUAGAGGGAAGCACCACAGUCUGUCAGAGCUCCUUAAGGGGAAAUUGUGGCUCUAGGAGUUAACCCACACCACGUUCAUUUAUGUAUCUGUUUGAAAACACUUUUUUAGGAGCAAAUUCUUGCUGGAGCCUCCCAGUUUCCUUUCUCUGUACCCAAAUAGAGGCGCUGCUCUCUCAGUCACUGCGUCACAACUCGCAGGCUGUUCCCACCCAUCAGCUUUCCUGGUGUGACUCCCACCCCAGGCUCACCUCCCCGGAAAAGUCACGCUCAGAAUUUUCCAUUAAAACAAUCCCUUGUUUUUUAAACCUUGGGAAAUGGGGUGAGUCAUCUGAGUGCCAGUGAUGCACAGCUCGCCAGCCUCGUGUCUUGCUGGUUUGGUCAUUAAAUGUCCCUUUCAAUUUAUCCUUUAACUGUCCCUUAUUGUAUUAAGGCUGUGUCCUUGUGCAGGUCUCUCUCACCUGAUGUAACAAAGCUGUGACAACGGUGCAGGACUCUGAGCUGUUCCUAGAAGUGGUUUGUGCAGAGAGAGAAAGCAGCGAUUUCUCUGUCCCCAGCCUAUUUCCCAGUCAAUAAAGUUCUUGUGGGUAGCAA